CGCAGUCAGGGAAGAAGAAGAAGCGCCAAGAUUUUGUCGAGGACCCAGGCCCAGACUGUCAAGGAGGAGAGAGAUGAGGGACCAGAGGAGGCCUCUACCAGCAGUGCCAGUGCCAGUACCAGCGCCAGUCCACCUCCAGCGAAAAGAGCACCAAUAGCUGAACUGUUCGGAGACAUGUUCCCAACAUAUCUUGGAACAUCACCAAAGCCUUUCCGUCUAGAGGUGGAAGAGGAGGAAUACAUGCCUAAUUGCAAGUCUUCAUCUGUUUGUAAUUCUGCAAACAUGCCAGGAGAACCCACUAUGAUGAACUCAGAAAAGAUUAAUGAUGAGAAUUUGGUAUCUCCAAGAAUCUCCACUGGUCAGCCAGCUUCAUCUGGUAUUCACCGCACUUGCAAACAAAGGCAAAAAACAAUUUACCACUGCUCCGAGUGUGGGAAAAGCUUUAGUAAUGAAGAAAAUCUCAAAACACACCAACGCACCCACACAGGAGAGAAACCGUAUCACUGCUCACAGUGUGGUAAGAGUUUUACUCAAAAAGGACAUUUUGUGCAACACCAAAGGAUUCACACAGGAGAGAAGCCGUAUCACUGCUCACAGUGUGGUAAGAGUUUUCCUCAAAGAGGAUAUUUUGUGCAACACCAAAGGAUUCACACAGGAGAGAAGCCAUAUCACUGCUCACAAUGUGGUAAGAGUUUUACUCAAAGAGGACAUUUUGUGCAACACCAGAGGAUUCAUACGGGAGAAAAGCCGUACCACUGCUCACAGUGUGGAAAAAGCUUUACUCUCCUAGGAACUCUCAAAACACACCAGCGCAUUCACACAGGAGAGAAACCAUAUCACUGCUCACAGUGUGGAAAAAGCUUUAGGGAGAGAGGAAAUUUCAUAAUACACCAGCGCCUUCACACAGGUGUGAAGCCGUAUCACUGCUCACAGUGUGGUAAGAGUUUUAAUCAAAGAGGACAUUUUGUGCAGCACCAAAGGAUUCACACAGGAGAGAAGCCGUAUCACUGCUCACAGUGUGGUAAGAGUUUUAGCCGUGAGGACACCCUCAAACAACACCACCGCAUUCACACAGGAGAGAAGCCAUAUUACUGCUCACAGUGUGGAAAAAGCUUUAGUUUCCUAGUAACUCUCAAAAACCACCAGCGCAUUCACACAGGAGAGAAACCGCAUCACUGCUCACAGUGUGGAAAAAGCUUUAUUGAUAGAGGAGCUCUCAAAAAACACCAGCACAUCCACACAGGAGAGAAGCCCUAUCACUGCACACAGUGUGGAAAAAGCUAUAGGGAUAGAGAAAGUUUCAAAACACACCAGUGGGUUCACACAGGAGAAAAGCCGUAUAGCUGCUCACAGUGUGGGAAGAGUUUUUCUGAGAGAGGAAAUUUCAGGAAACACCAGCGCAUCCACACAGGAGAAAAGCCGUAUUACUGCUCGCAUUGUGGUUUGAGCUUCACUUAUUCAAGCACACUUAAGAAACACAAGUGCAUUACAGUGGAGCUGUCGGUAUGCAACACAUGAAUUUGUCAAGUUAAAAAAUUUAAUUACUAUUAUGGAUGUAAGAAUAUACUGUGGUCACAAUUCGUUUUGAUUCACGGUACUGGUGUCAUGAUUUGAUUCAAAUUGGUUAUUUUGAACAAAAUUUGAAUGAAAAUUGACUGAAAAGACUUUCUAAAUAAAAAAAAACAUGCAAAGCAAUUUUUUUCUGGAUAAAGCUAAAAAAAUGCUAUGUUUAAUAUAUAUGCUUAAUAGAGGUUUAAUAUUGUAAACAAAAUGUGCUACAGUUUCGCCAUAUCUUAGAAAUAAAUAAAUACAUUUAUAAAUUCUCUCAAAAUCUGAUUGAACAAACAGCGUCUCUGACUGGGGAAAAUGAUCUUGUGAGACGUAAUAAACAACAUAGUAGCAUAAACAGCAAUACCUGAGUCAUCAUUUUAAUUGGAAAUGGAGCUCCAAAGUCAGCUAAAAUGCCUGUAUGUUGCAAACAUGAUUUGUGAACGAUGCCUUUCAUAUAGCUCCAGAUUGUGACUUGAUAUAUUGAAAAAGACUGAAUGCACCAGCAAUUCAUCAUGAAAAAAUCUCUGGUACAUUACAAGUUCCGAUUUUCUCCUCUAUGCCUUUUGCUGUAGUUUGUAUUGUAAUGGAAAAUGUUUAAGUGUUUAAGAAGAUUUUAUUCAGUCAUCUAAGCAGAAAAUUUUUUUGUGUGUGUACAUGACUGUGUGCAUUCAUUUGGUGUCUGUUAUGAUAAUGCUUGCAUGUAAACCCAGCUUCAAGUUUUUCACAUAUUCCCACUAUAAAGGGAGCAUGAAAGAGAUGAGAUGUGCUCUUCACUGAAGUAGAGAGUCCUAUCUUGCAGGAUUGAAUAAAACCUAUUUCUUCUGUG